CGUCAUGCAGCGCGGCUGGGUUCUCCCUCCGUAAUCAUCGGAUCCAGGGAGAGAGAGAGUGAGAGAGCAGUAAUGGCGGCCGGUUAGAGCCACACACAAACACCGCGUCCGCAAUCAGCCCCACUCACCGCAGCCCUCCGGGGGGCAGCCAGCCUCGCACACCGCGGUGGAGCCAGCGUGACAGACACGGAGCGGAGACACGGGCUUUAGGAAGGGGGACGGGAAUCAUUCUGCGGAGCGUGGCUGCUUCUUGUUUCCUUCUACUUUUCUAAAAAAAAAAAAAAAAAAAAAAAACAUGGAUGAGCAGCCCGGAGGAGGAGGGGUCGGAGCUCCGAGACAGCCUCCGCCGCAGCAGCAGCAGCAAGGGAGCAACAGCAGCGGCGCUAAUCCGUCGAUCGGAGGUGGUGGUGGAGGAAUCAUGGUGCCCCACCAACAAGACGAGCUGCCCCGGCCCCAGCAGCAGUACACCAUCCCCGGCAUCCUGCACUACAUCCAGCACGAGUGGGCCCGGUUCGAGAUGGAGCGAGCGCACUGGGAAGUGGAGAGGGCCGAGCUCCAGGCGAGGAUAGCGUUCCUGCAGGGCGAGAGGAAAGGUCAGGAGAACCUGAAGAACGACCUGGUUAGAAGAAUAAAAAUGUUAGAAUACGCUUUAAAACAGGAAAGAGCUAAAUACCACAAGUUAAAAUAUGGAACGGAGUUAAACCAAGGAGAGAUGAAGAUGCCAAGCUUUGAAUCAGAAACCAAAGACUCCGAGGUCUCCGCUGUUCCUGCCAACAGUCAGCUCACCUGGAAACAAGGAAGACAACUACUCAGACAGUACCUGCAGGAAGUAGGAUACACAGACACCAUCCUGGAUGUCCGUACUCAAAGGGUCCGCUCUCUGCUCGGCCUGUCGGGCUCCGAGCAGAACGGAUCUGUGGAGAACAAGAACCUGCAGCACCUGAUCAACGGGACGGAGCGCCGCAAGGACAGCAAGAGGAGUCCGGGAGACGUUCUGGAGACGUUCAACUUCCUGGAGAACGCAGAGGACAGCGACGAAGACGAGGAUGAAGAGGGAGACCUGAUGGACGACAUCAGCACCGACAGACAUCACCGAGCCAAGAAACACAAGACCAAGGUGGGGAACGAGGGCUUGGCGUCGGAGGACGACGCCGACACGGAGGAGGCUCUGAAGGAGUUUGACUUCCUGGUGACGGCCGAGGACGGAGAGGGAGCCGGCGAGGCUCGGAGCUCCGGAGACGGGACGGAGUGGGCGGAGCCUCUCCCGUUUGCCCCUGGCGGGGGGAAGUCCUUCCUGUUGGGCAGCUCAGACGACGUGCUGGAGAGCGUGCUCGGCCUGGGCGACCUCGCUGACCUCACCGUCACCAACGACGAAACCGACUACAGCUACGACCUGCCGUCCAAUAAGGAGUCUUCGUUCAGGAAGACGUGGAACCCCAAGUACACGCUGCGGAGCCACUUUGACGGCGUGCGGGCGCUGGCCUUCCACCCCGUGGAGCCGUGUCUGGUCACCGUGUCCGAGGACCACACCCUCAAACUCUGGAACCUCACCAAGACCGUCCCUGCCAAAAAAAGUGCCUCUUUUGAUGUGGAGCCCGUCUAUACAUUCAGAGCCCAUGUUGGUCCGGUGUUGUCGUUGACGAUGACCUCCAGCGGUGAACAGUGUUUCAGCGGAGGCAUCGACUCCACCAUCCAGUGGUGGAACAUCCCCAGCUCUAAUGUCGACCCCUACGAUACAUACGAUCCCAGUGUCCUGGCCGGGUCGUGGUUGGGGCACACCGACGCCGUGUGGGGAUUGGCUUACAGCGGCAUCAAGAACCGCCUCCUGUCCUGCUCGGCAGACGGCACAGUGAAGCUGUGGAACCCCACGGAGAAGAACCCCUGCAUCAGCACUUUCAACUCAAACAAGGAGCACGGGAUCCCAACAUCGGUGGACUUCAACGGGUGCGACCCAGCUCACAUGGUGGCGUCGUUUAACAGCGGAGACGUGGUGGUCUACGACCUGGAGACCUCGCAGAAUGCAUUGGUGCUGAAGGGCCAGGGAGAAGGCACCCUCCCCGGGUCAAACCACAUCAACAAAGUGGUCAGUCAUCCCACGCUGCCCGUCACCGUCACCGCCCACGAAGACAGACAGAUCAAGUUCUACGACAACAAGUCAGGUAAAGUGAUCCAUGCCAUGGUGGCUCACCUGGACGCAGUGACUAGUCUAGCUGUGGAUCCUAACGGCAUCUACCUGAUGUCUGGAAGUCAUGACUGCUCCCUGCGGCUGUGGAACCUGGACAGUAAGACGUGCGUUCAGGAGAUCACCGCUCACCGGAAGAAGAGCGAGGAGGCCAUCUACGACGUGGCCUUCCACCCCUCCAAGGCCUACAUCGCCUCGGCCGGCGCCGACGCGCUCGCAAGGGUCUACGUCUAGAAGAAGAAGAAGAAGAAGAAGAGGGAGAGGGAGGGGGGGGGGCA